AUGCGGGAGAAAGCCCACAGCGCCAGCGAGCACCUAUCGCUCCGCACACCUCUGAGCACCGACUACGACCAGGACGCCCUACGUCAUCCGCAAUGGACCGCCCAGCCUGCCAACAAGGGCCGUCGCAUCCCUUCGACAUCGAUUCCUCUCAUGAGCGGAGCGUCCUUAACACCCAUCCAUGAUAACUACCGCGAUGACGUGGACGACGGCAUUAUUGUAGACAGCCUCAAGGAUGCGAAAGACCCGCGCAACUGGACCAAAGUCAGAAGGGGAUUAAUCUUCUACAUCAUCCUCGUCGUCUCCGCCCUCCCGGAUAAUGGUGUCCGCCUUACUGCGACUCUUGCGCCGUCAAUUGCGCGCCACCUGGACGUGAGCAAGGCUGCCGCGCAGGGUGUGCUGGCCGCAAACCAGUUCAUGAUCGCCGUGGGCGGGUUGGCUGCGGUCAUGCUUUCGCGUCAUUUCGGAAGAAUGCCUGUGCUUUUCUGGUUCAUGCUCGGAGCUGUAGGGACGAGUGUUGGGCAAGCUGGAGCGGGCAGCUUCGCCGGCUUCGCAGUCGCGCAAGUUUUUAAUGGGUUCUUUACUGGUGUUGCGCAAGGGAACGGAUUGCUUUUCAUCACGGACAUGUUUAGUGAGAGAUGGCAGGAUCUAAUGAUCACGCUCUGGUCUUUCUCCAUUAUUAUUUCUCCAUAUCUGGGACCGGUCAUAGGGGGUUUGCUUGACUCACUCAUCUGGAGGUGGCCUUUGGGUCUGUAUGCUGUCGUCACCAUUUUCGAAUGGCUAGGAGUCGUAAUAGUCGGUCGGGAGACGUGGUACUAUCGUGGCAACGACCAAGACGAACAGCAGCGCCUCCUGAAGUCACGGUCUCUACAACUUAUUGGGGUUGCGCAGUGGAGGUCGCGGAAGCUACGACCAAGCUUGCUGCAAGCAUUCAUGCGAUCUUUCAAGACCAUUGCGAACCCUAUCAUCUUGAUGGUGAACGUCUACUAUUGCAUCACUCUCGCAUGGAUAGUGCCCAUGUCAAGCAUCAUAUUACAACCUAUCUUCUUCUACCAGGAUUGCCUAAACAGAGGCAAUGUCGAAGACACAUGGGAUGAGAACGAAGCCCACCGCAUCGAAUGCCUCUCCAGCUACCACGCCGUUCCAGGCGACAAAUCAGUCUACUCGUUCAGCCCCGAAGCAUCAGGCGCCUUCUACUUCACCCCCAUCAUCGCAGCCAUCUUGGCCCUCCUGGUAGGCAUCUCGCUGCACCUUCGCCAUGUGCGCCAGACACGAUCGAGCAGUCGCGGCGGCGCGGACGUCUGGUCAUCGCCAGAGCGCAAACUCCGCCCCUUGUUCUUUGCACAACCAGUCCUCAUAGCCGGCCUCGUCCUCUUCGGCAUCUUCGUGGAGGCGAACAAGCACUACAUGCUUGUCGCCAUGGCCUGGGGUUUCUACGUCUUCGGCACUCUGAUCGUUACCGCGUCCGUGGCGAAUUAUUUGAACAAAGCCUUCCCGCCACUUGCUGGAGAGUGUGGGGCCUGGUUGAGCGUUUCGAGGAGUGUUGGGGCGUUCGUCCUUGGGUUUGUGGUCGAGGGGACUGUGAAGGGCCCGGGGGACGGGCAGGGGCAAGGUGCUGAGAGGAUGUUUGGGGUUAUGGCGGGGAUUUCGGGGGUAGCGUUCGUGAUCAUAAUGUUUGUAAUGGUGUUUGGGGGAAGACUGAGGGAGAUGGUAAGUAGAAAUAGUGCAGGUGAGAUGACAGGGAAUGAAGAUCCUUGA